AUGCCCGCAGCCCCUGGUUUCCCAGCACCAAUAGCUGCACCUUCAACAGGUCAAAGCGGACUGACGAACACGAUGACUUUGCCGGAGUACCGACGUCGCCUCGUGGAAAUUUAUGCGGUGCACAAGCCAGACAAUGUGCACAAAGUUGAUUACUUGUUGGAGAAGUACCGUGGAGACGAAGAGUUCUUGUAUCGGAGUAUCUGCGAGAAGUACAGCGUGGACAUAUCGCAGUGGUCCAACCCACCUCCGAGCUCCUUGAGCUCCGUGGCGCCAGCUGUCGCGUUAAACCCUCCCAUGCCGCCACCACCGCCGCCGCCUCCAGCUUCGGCAGCCGGUGCGGUGCGGCCACCACCCUGGGCAGUUCAAAGCCAAACUGCCGCGUGGUCUGCCGCACAAACCAAAGCCCGAAGUGCGCUUGUCGCUGUGUCAAAGCAUGGCCCUCCAGUAACCCAGUUUGGGGCUGGUGGGGCUUCGCAUCAGGGCCAUCCCAGCCCGACGCGUGCAGGCAUUGGCUUCACGCCGCCUCCAGCUCAGGCCGCGCCGCUUCGGCAGAGGCACCAAGUUAUGGAAUGGGACCCGGCAACUGGAGAAAUGGUGGCCACCACAGUUGACAUCGAGAUGGGAGAAGCGCAGGCGCCCACCGAGAAGGCGGCUUCGUCGAGCACAGUCCCGGAAGAACCUAUGACCCCUGCACCCCCUGCGCCCGUGGAGCCUGCGAGCCUGGCUGUGGCGCCUGUGGCGCCUGCGGCGCCUGCGGCGCCUGCGGCGCCUGCGGCGCCUGCGCCUGCAGAGCCCACAAGUCCCCAGAAUGUUCCACAGGUUGAGGAGCAGGAGAGCUACGAUCCUUUCAGUGCUCCGAGCACUCAGCCGCGCGAGCUCGACAUGGUCGACGUUGAAGAAUUCUCUGGGCGCUUGGACGAGUUCCGCCACAAAGAGCCCGUUGUUGUUCGUGGCUUAGUCAGGCGCUGGCCGGCCACGAAGGAGUGGACCUGGGAACAGCUUGCAGACCCUGAAGGAAAGUAUAAGCACUUCCACUUGGAGAAGCAUCUGCAGCAGUUCUUCUCUACCCAUGCAAAGAGCGAGAAUCUGUUCCUGGAGAACAUCAUCUUGAAGCCACCUUUCUCCAGCGAUUGCCCUUUUGCGGAAGUCACGCAGCAAGGCGAUGGUCCCAACAAGGUCCUGGGCAGAAACUACCUGCCGCGACUCAACGAGGCUUGGGCAGAAAGCAGGACGCAGGCAUUUCAAGCGGGGAUGUUGGAGGACGAGAACUAUGCCGAGUCUGUGCAGGGCUUCAUCAUCGCCGGCCCUGCCGGUGCAGGAGGCAUGUUGCACGUGGAUCCAGACUCUACGGCCUACUGGAACGCCUUGGUUCAUGGCCGGAAGCGCUGGCUCUUCCUCAAGCCCGAGGAGUUGGAAGCACUGGCUGAAGCCGUCGUCAAUGCAAACUUGGGACAGGAACUUGGCUUGCUGACGUUGCCUCCGACCAGUGUAAGCAACCAGCUGACGACUAGACACGUUAAGAGGUUGCUGCAGAAAGUUCCUGCCAUCCAUUGGUUUGGGAAAUUGCUGCCGCUUUUGCAGCAGGCGCAGCUGGAGUUUAGCCAUGCGGAGGUCAUCGUGGAGGCAGGGGAGCUCGUCUUUGGACCCCCUGGUGUUUGGCACAUCGCCUUGGCUUUGGAGGAUUCCAUUUGCUGCAGCGAGCAGCUGAUAGAUGACGGGAAUCUGCUCCGUUUCGUCAAGGAUGAAGGGCAGCCGUACGAGCCAGUCUUUGCUUACUUGGGCUGUCAGGCCGCGAAGAAGCAUUGGCCCGAGCUGCUUGUGGGGAGCUCGGAUGCUGCUUAUGAUGAUGUUGUUGGUGAUGAAGGUAAAGAUGAUCAUGAUCAGCAGAUUAUGAUGAUCAUAACGACCACGCUGAUGAUCAUUGUGACCGCCACCACCACCAUCACCACCAUCACCACCAUCACCACCAUCACCACCAUCACCACCAUCACCACCAUCACCACCACCAUCAUAAUCAUCAUCAUCAUCAUCUUCACCAUCACUGUUGCCAUCACCAUCAUCACCAUCAUCACCAUCAUCACCAUCAUCACCAUCAUCACCACCAUCACCACCAUCACCACCAUCACCACCAUCACCACCAUCACCACCACCACCACCAUCACCACCAUCACCACCACCACCACCACCACCACCACCACCACCACCACCACCACCACCACCACCACCACCACCACCACCACCACCACCACCACCACCACCACCACCAUCUUUAUCAUCAUCAUCAGCAUCACCAUCAGCAUUAUCAUCAUCAUCAUCAGCAUCAGCAACAUAAUCAUCAUCACCAUCGUCAUCACUAUUAUUGUUAUUAUUAUCAAUGGUUACAUUGAGUACAUGCUUAUUGCUAUUAUUGCUAUUGUUAUUGUUCUUCUUGUGAAUAUUACAAGUAUUAUUAUUAGUAUGAGUAUUGUUAGUAUUAUCGGUAUUGGUAUCGUUAUAUUGUUAUUAGUAUUAAUAUUGUUGUUAUAUUAUGGUCAUCAUCAACAUCAUCACCAACAUCAUCCUCAUCAUCAUCAGCAUGCUGUACCGUCGUCGGAAGUUAGACAACAACGGUUUUUGGCCGACGUGAGGUUGAGGUGCUCCUCUGUGUUUGUCUAG